UUCUAUAGUCAUAAUAAAACUAAGUCUGUUUUAUACAAUUACGUUAAAAAAGAAAAUGCGCAGUGAUCUGUGGAGAGAAUAUUCUAAAUAAAAAUCUUUUACCGGGCGUGAUGAAAAACUAUGUCGUCAUGAACAUCUUACGUUUAACAGUUUUCUCGGUUUACUCUAACAAAUAUAUUCUUUGUGCAGAUGUCUGUGGUGGCAAAAGUGAUCUUAAAUAUAAUCUUCGGUCUUGCAUCGAUAUUUGCCAUAACUAAUGCCGCAACUUAUCAGAACCUUAAUCUAUGCCAGCUUACUUCCGAGCGAUUGCCCAUCGCAAAAGUACAGCCAAUAAAAUAUGAUAUAAGACUACACAUAAAGCCGCUUACAAACAUAUCGGGCAUAACCGAUAUCACGAUUGACGUUAAAGAACAGACAAAAAAUAUAAGUCUGCAUGCACGCAAUUUGAGAGUGAACCAAAAGUGCACAAUAAUUAUGAAGCCUGACACAACGCCGAAAUGUGUCGAUGAAUACGCAGCUUUUAAACUGAACGAUGCUGUAUAUUGCGCCGACAAUGAGAUUUUGCUCCUGAUUUUUUCCGAUGUCAUACCUUCUGGACAACAUGUCUUACAUAUAGAAUAUACUUCUCUUUUCAACGAAACUUUCGGCGAGAUCAGUUAUCCCUAUUCUUGGUCUGGACAAAAGAAAUGGUAAGCUAAUGAUAAGAUAUAAUCUCAAUGCACGAUUGCAAAUAUUAUUAUUCGCUAUUGCCAAGUGUCAGCUUGUUGUCAGAAUCUUUUGGGUUGAUACGUAUUGGGUUAAUACGUAGGACUCCGAAAGAUAUAUAUAUUUAGUAUGAAACGCCGUUUCAUUCAAUCCUUGCAAACAUUCACCAGCCACUCACAUAUACCUAAAUUACAUCAUGAUUGGAAAGUUAUCUUUGUCAAAAGCUUCUUCUUAAAAUGCGACAGGUGGU